GAGGUGGAGAAUCUGACAACUGAUGAAAGAGGGAAACAAACACGCCCUAGACUGAAGCCCACUACUUGCACUGCCAGUCCGCCAUAAGGGUUUUAGCACAACAAAAGGGUUUUGCUGAAUGCUGAACUCCUACCCCUCAACUUCCUCAUCCUCCUGUUAGGCGAAAUGAUUAUCGACUCAACUACCCAAGAUUGAAAUACUCGAAUCCAUUACCCUCCACUGAUAAAUUUCAUUUCUCACUUCAAGAAACAAAAAACUGGCAUAACCGAACAGAAGAGCCCUCGAUGCAGCGGACCCGUUUUUCCAUCUUCACCCUUCGGAUGCUCACAUAUUCCAACUGUAUUCGCACGACCUCCAGUUUCCCUUACUCCAAUCCCCAAAGUCCUAGACCCAAUGAGUGGUUCGCCUUCUUUCGCCAGUUUUCAUUCACUCGGCGCGCACCGGAAUCGGACCCAAAUGACCCAUCCACACUCAUUAAGGAAGACGGUGUCGCGGUUUGUUCUCAAAUGUGGUUGGAGAAUUUCCGUGAACCCGACAGGUUAGUGACCAAUUUGAGUUCGUAUUUACGCCGGUUCGAGUUGUGGGUUUUGGCUUACCAGAAGGUUUGCGCCGACGAGACUGGGGCGUAUAUGCCCCGGGGCUCGAUUGAAAGGUCAUCCCUCGAGGACCUUUUGACGCUGCGCAAUGCGGUGCUUGAUGAUAGGUUUAGGUGGGGGGCUCGGUUGGAUUUCUUUUUAAAAUCGCCCAAGGACAAGACGGAUUACCGGUCAUUGUCGAAGAGGAAAAUUAAGGCGAUCUUGACAACCUCCCAACCUGCCCCAUUUCAGGAUAAGAUCGUCCAGGAGGUGUUGUUUAUGGUUUUGGAGCCAGUGUAUGAGGCUCGGUUCUCACCAAAGUCGUUUGCGUUUAGGCCAGGAAGAAAUGCGCAUACAGUGUUAAGAGUUAUCAGGAGGAGUUUUGCAGGAUAUCUGUGGUAUAUAAAGGGUGAUUUUAGUACAAUUCUGGAUGGGAUGAAGGUUGGGUUGGUGGUAAAUGCUUUGAUGAGGGAUGUUAGGGAUAAGAAGAUUGUCGAUUUGGUGAAAUCAGCAUUGGUUACUCCAGUGAUCACUACCAAGGUUGAUGAUGGGGAGAAGUUGAAGAAGAAGAAGAGAAAGUAUCAGAAGAAGAGGGUAUUAGCUGAGGACGAGCCUAAGCCUGACCCGUAUUGGUUGGAGACAUUUUUUGGAUUUGCCCCAGAGGAGGCAGAGAAGCUUCCUUCUUGGGGGCAUUGUGGUAUUCUUAGUCCACUCUUGGCUAACAUUUGUCUGGAUGAGCUGGACCGCUGGAUGGAAAGUAAGAUUAAGGAGUUUUAUCGUCCUUCAAAGAGCGAUGUCAUAUGGAAUAAGCCGGAGGGGGAAGCAGAACAAGGGAACACAUCUUGGCCAGAAUUCGUGCCAACAAGUGGGCCAGAUAAGACCCGUAAGGUGGAUUAUGUACGAUAUGGGGGUCACAUUUUGAUUGGUGUUCGGGGACCUAGAGCAGAUGUGGCGACAUUGAGAAAGCAGUUAAUCGAGUUUGUUGAUCAGAAGUAUAUGCUCAAGAUUGACAAUGAAAGCCUUCCUAUUGAACACAUAACUAAGGGUAUAAUGUUUCUUGACCAUGUCUUGUGUCGAAGAGUAGUGUAUCCAACUCUACGCUACACUGCUACUGGUGGUAAGAUCAUUAGUGAGAAGGGUGUGGGGACCCUUUUGUCUGUCACGGCAAGCUUGAAACAAUGCAUUAAGCAAUUUAGGAAGUUGAACUUUCUGAAGGGGGAUAGGGAUCCAGACCCACAACCUUGUUUCAGAAUGUUUCAUGCCACCCAAGCACACACAAAUGCACAAAUGAAUAAGUUUUUGUCAACAAUAGUUGAGUGGUACAGGUAUGCUGACAACCGGAAGAAAAUCGUUAACUUUUGCUCUUACAUUAUGAGGGGUUCACUAGCGAAGCUCUAUGCUGCAAAGUACAAGCUCCGUUCACGAGCAAAAGUAUACAAGAUCGGUGCUCGGAAUCUGAGCCGUCCUUUGAAGGAGAAGAAAGGUCAGUCACCUGAGUACCAUAAUUUGCUGAGGAUGGGUCUUGCCGAGUCAAUUGAUGGGCUUCAAUAUACCAGGAUGUCUCUUGUACCCGAGACUGAUUAUACCCCUUUCCCAAGUAAUUGGAGACCUGAUCAUGAGAAGGCAUUGCUUGAAUAUAUACGACUUGAAGAUCCAAAAACUGUGGAGGAGCAACGGAGUUGCAUUAGGGAGCAAGGUCUUGUUUCACCCCAGGAUUACAUGUCAAUGGUUGUUUGGAACUAUAAAAGAAAUGCAAUUGUGUUGGAUCGGCUUUCCCUGGUAAAUAGCGGUGGUAUUAGUUCAGGAAAAGAUCAACAGUUAUUCUUGGGUUCAAACCACGAGGACCAUGAUCAUGUAACCAAAGAAAUGGAAGAAAAUGAUGAAGGCAUCCAUGUGGCUCAAAUAUAAGGCUAUGUCUUAUAUUAUGUGCUUACAAAGUGCAAUCCAUCGGUAACUGCCCGAUGUGCUGGUUAGAUAAAGCAAAAGCUGAUUUUGAAAGCAACAGAGUGAAAGCACACAAUUGUUAAUUUCAAGUUGCAGAUAUGAAAACAGAUGACAUUGUAUUUCACAGUUUCCCUGCAAUGGCAAUUGGUGCUGUAUUGGUACUCUCAGCUACAUAUCCAUGCCAGUCCUUGCUGCGUAUGUCUGGCCAGGAUGAACCAUUGUAAGUGAUAUCGAGCCGAUCAUACUUUUCCUUUACCAGAGCACCCAACUACUCUUUAGCACCAACUCACAAAAAUGGCAGCCGAUGUGAUUCUGAAUACAAAUGAUAGCAAGCGGAGUCCUUUAAUCUAAAGACAUGAAUUGAAGCUAAUUCUUCCUUUCAAGCCUAAGUGCCUGGCUGCCUAUAUCAAGGAAGAAGGAGCACAGUGAUGACCAUCCUCUGCACUGCAGCUUUGAUGGAAUAGGACUAGAACAAUGGUGGCCAACAGUCCUCCUGCUGCGAGGGACAUUCUUCUUGCCAUUUAGAGGGAUUAACAAAGAGAUGGCCAGAUGGGGAAGAAAGGGAGAUGAUGGUCCAAGAUUUAUUUGGUUUCCUUCAAUUUCGACUCGCUUUGCUUACCAUCAUUUCAUACCAACAAAAUUUGACUAAUACGUGAAGACUGGGUGCGGUGCUCCGUUCAUGUUUGCGCCCUCGGAGUCAAAGAUCGCGAUGCUGACCAGCUGACCCCCUCAAAAGAAAAUAGAAGGCUUCGAGAAGGCCAAAAUGAGUGUGAUGUAUCACGGUGUGGAAGCUUUGGCCCAGACAUCUUUUUUCCUUUCCGGCUAAACAGCCAGCCGGA